ACUGAAGCAUGGAAGAGCAAGCGGCGUCAUCGUCUGCUUACGGCGGCGGAAAAACCGUGAAGGAAUGCGAAUCCAUGAUCCAGAAAAGCCUCCGAACUCCGAUGGUGAAAUUUUUGAGGGAACGCUUGGAGAAAGCCGGUUGUCCUGUGGGCAACAAUUUCUUCAGAGCUGUAAAUUGCGACGUGAACAGAAGUGGCGGUUACAUUCCCGGUGAAGGGAUAGUAGUGUGUGUGAAUAAAAUAAAUUUACAAGAUGAGGUUAACCAGGUGAUAGCUCAUGAACUGAUUCAUGCGUUUGAUGAGUGUCGUGCUGCCAACUUGGAUUGGAAUAAUUGUGCUCACCAUGCUUGUAGCGAGAUCCGAGCCAAUCAUCUAAGUGGUGAUUGUCAUUACAAACGGGAACUGUUGCGAGGUCAUUUGAAGAUACGUGGCCAUGAACAAGAAUGUGUGAGACGAAGAGUUAGGGCUUCAGUGUCUGGAAACCCUAAUUGCUCCGAAGCGGCUGCCAAAGAUGCCAUGGAAGCUGUUUGGGAUGUUUGUUACAAUGACACACAACCCUUUGACAGAGCCCCGUAGCUGAGGCUAAGAUAAGUUUAUGAAACUGUGAUUCUUUUGACUUGUUUUGGAUCAUUUUUAUCUGAGCCAGGAAUACAGGAAAGUUAUUCACCUAUGCGAACAAAACCAUCAUUUUUUACACGACCUUGUCCAAUUUAAAGGAAACUACAAUAAAUGUUGGUCAAGUUGGGUUUCAACACCGAAACGUUAUGAAUGUUAUUUACACGCAGAGCUGUGCAUUUUUCUCCCCUUUUCAAAGCAGGUUGGAGGAGCACCGUUAUCUGGUUUUAUACUUCAUAAUUAGAUUAGUAAGUGUGAGUGUGGAGAAGCUUCUCAAUGAGUUUGUGAACAAGGUGAACAGGGCAAAAAUAGAAAGGAAAUCUAACCUGAUAUGAAAGGUAACAAAUAUAGUUGCUUCCUCUGCAUUAUUUAUUCUCCAUGCGGUUCUCUUGUAAUGUCUGGAAAUUGAUUAUGCCAUCUUCAGGAUAGGGAGGCAAAUGUGCAAUUUGCAUUCUUUAUUACAUGAUCAUAUCUUGCCAUACACUUUGUGCCGUGUCUCUUAAUUGUACAUGUGCACGUGAACUUGAAUCGAGUCGUCCCAUCUUGAAAGUGGAUGUUAUCUGAUCUUGUCGAGUGAUACCUGUGAGUUACUCGUGUAUGGGAUGCUUGUUACAAUGACACAGCCGUGACCAAACUCUGGAGGUUCACACGGACGACGGAAUGAUGCUUAGCCCCUCCCAUCCUAACCCGAUUGUUGAAAUGAAUCUAGGUUUAAGUUAUAUGAAAUGUGUUUUCAAUGAUUUUUAUUCGAGGUAAAGAAAGAAUGAGUGUUAUUUUAUCUUAGUUUUUAAUAUAAGGGGAAGAUGACCAAAACAACUUAGCCUGCAUCCAAGCCACUAGUAUGUUUCAAGGAAGCCAUCUUCGAUCCCAACGAGCUCGCCCAAAACUCUGCAUGAACACUCUUGCCAAAUCCCGUAUUGUCUGACUGGAGGACCGGCGCACAUUUAUUUAGCCAUGGAGUCCGAGACAUUACCUACCUUCCUGUUGAAGAAACUCUCAUCAACCAAAUAUUACUGUUCGCGAUAGCAAACCUUCCUCCAAAUCCUACGAUUCUCCCUCGAUCCAUCAGAACCCAAGCUAUUAGGCCAUUUCUAUCCGCGUCAAGAUAUAUACGGGAAUGUAAUCCACUGUUGAAGAUGAAAUGUUAGUCAUUUUAUAAGAUUCAUCAAGUUGUUUCCGUUUGUUAAUUUUUAGAAAUGGAAUAUGAACUUUUUUUCAUGAAGCUGUUUUUUAAAUAUGGCUAUUUUAUUGGGUCAGAAUUGA